AUGUCUGAUAUCAAAAAAUCAUCAUCAAAACAGCCUGUCACGUCGGGGCAAAAACGUGUGAAACGAAAACGUGUAUCGAAUCCAGCUACUCCUGGACGAUUGUAUGUAAAAGCCAUAUUUACUGGCUACAAACGAUCACAUCGAAAUCAAUAUGAAAAUACUGCUUUGUUGAAAUUGGAAGGCGUUGAUAAACGAAACGAAACUGAUUUUUAUUUAGGUAAACGAUGUGCAUUCGUUUACAAAGCAAAAAAUAACAAACCAGUACCAAAACGACCGGGAAAAUUGAGUAAAUUUCGUGUCAUCUGGGGUAAAGUAACUCGCGCACAUGGUAAUUCUGGUGCUGUUCGUGCUAAAUUCCAUAAAAAUCUACCACCAAAAGCUAUGGGUCGUCGUGUACGUGUUAUGUUAUAUCCAUCAAGAGUAUAAAAACCAUAACAUGAAUUUUCUGACAAUUCUAUGUAUUCGUUUGAUGAUGAUUUUUAUAUAAAAAAAAAACAAUUCGAAAAUUGUCAA